UUUCAGUAGUUUCACUACUUGCUGCCGGUUUCCGUUCCACUGCAGUAUUUUCAGAGUUUCGUGUUACUACUGUGUUAAAGUAAAAUAAAAAUAGCAGCAGUAUUUAUACAACUUCUACUGUGAGCGGACACUAGUUCUGAUCAUGCCGCAUUUCAGGAUCGAGACAAACGUCCCGCGGGACCAAAUCCCAAAGGAUUUUGUUUCCAAAGCAGUUCCAAUACUUGCUAAAGCUCUUGGAAAACCGGAACAGUACUGCGUAGUGUCCGUGCAUCCGGAUGUGAUGAUGAGCUUCAGCGGAUCCACUGCACCUUGCGCUAUUGGAAAUGUGAUGUCUAUUGGAGCCCUGGGUGUGGAACAAAACAAGAAACAUGCCAAAGUUCUUUUUGAACUUGUAGAGAAAGAGUUAGGGGUGCCUUCAGACCGGAUGUACAUCACAUUCCAAGAUGAACCGACAGGCAACGUGGGCUUCAAGGGAACUACCUUCCAUGCUAUUUUUGGAUAAACACUGAAUCUGUUUAAAUUUAUAAGGUUUUUAAAAUAAAAUCUAUGUACAUGUAGAACAGUCAUAAAGUUUUCGUAUGAUUAAAGCAUUUAUUAUUAAGAAAAUUAUUUAUUUAAUAAAGAAAUUAAGACUGUAA